GGCGACGAGCGACGGGAAUCAGACAACAAUAGGCACCGGCGAUCGGUUUAAACUUUAAAAUUGCUCGAAAAGUAUGAAAUUAAACAUGAAAAAUAGUAUUUCAUGGGUGGAAGGUGAUUAGUGCCACGUGAAUACCAGAAAUUUGUGAAAAUUGAGUCGUGUUUUGAGGUGCAAGGGGUGCCAACGAAAAGUUGGGGGCAUCACUCUGUGUUUACAAGUGCUACGAGUGUUUUGUUGUAGUUUUGUUUGUUGAAAAGUUACAAAUGUCGUGUCAAGUGUUAACUAUUGAUGAAAGGAAUAAAUAAAUGUUUAUCAGUGUCACGUGAAGACCUGGAAAUCAUGAAAAUUCUAUCGUGACAAAGAGUUGAGGGACAUAAGACUCUGUGUUACAAGUGUUGAGUGUCACGUGUGAUGAAAAAAAUGUAUCAAACGCUGAUGAAUAAAAUGAACAGAGUCAAAGUCAUAAAUGAAGUUCAGAUUCAAUAAAUGAAUUGAUUAAAUUAAAUGAAUAAUUAAAUUAAAUGAAAGAACAAAACAAUUAUUGAAAUAAAUUAAUAGAGACAUAAUAAGUGAAUGUGGGUGAAAUUAAUACUUAAAAAUUCACUUUUUUUUACAAUUAAUUAUUUCGAUUGUGACGAAAAAUCGUCACUCAAUGUCACGUGGAAACCUUGAAUUCGUGAAAAUCCUGUCAUGACAAAGAGUUGAGGGACUUCAGACUCUGUUACAAGUGUGUUGAGUGUCAUGUGUAAUGAAUAAAAAUGUGUGAAGGACUGAUGAAUAAAAUAAACAGAGUCGGAAGUCAUAAAUGAAGUUCAGAUUCAAUAAAUAAAUAAAUUGAAUUAAAUUGAAUGAAUAUUAAAUGAAAUAAAAGGACAAAAAAUUAUUUAAAUAAAUGAAAAAAGAGAUAAUCAGUGAAUGUGAGUGAAACUAAUUCUCAAAAAUUCAAUUUUUUACUUUUUUAGUCACUCCGUUCAUUAUUUCGAUAGUAACGAAAAAUCCUCACGAUGAAAUUAUCGGCCUCUGCGUUAGCAAUGUUCAUAGAAUUCGCAAAAAUUCUGUUACGACAGAGCCGAGGGACAUAAGACUCUGUGUUACACGUGUUGAGUGUCCAUCUGUAAUAAAAAAAUGUGUUAAGUGCUGAUAAAUAAAAUAAACAGAGUCAACAUGAGUGAACUUGAGAUUCAAUAAAUGAAUGAAUAAAAUUAAGUGAAAUGAAUAAUUAAAUGAAGUGGAAGAACAAAAAAAUGAGUGAAAUAAAUCAAAAGAGAGAUAAGAAGUGAAUUUUGGGGAAGUUAAUUAUUGGAAAUUCAAAUACAUGAUGAGAUGAUGAUUUGAGGUGCAUCACCUGAAGUAUAGAAUGAACAACAUCUGCGGUAUCGGAGCUGCCACCAGCCGCUGGUCACUCACCAGCACAAGGUAACAGAAGAAAUUGAACAGUCAGUGGCGAGGGGAAGGUGUUCGUGCAAUUGUAGCUUAGUGAAAAAUGGCCGGCGUCAGCGACUGGUUCAGCAUUGGGAGUACGGUGGCAUGUAAAACGUGUUAUCACAAAGAAAUUGAGGGAGAAGUGUUGGCAUUCGAUCCUCAAACCAAAAUGCUGAUAUUGAAAUGCCCAUCAUCAUCAAAUCGGCCAUCAUUGAAUGAUGUACAUAUAGUUAAUUUAUCACUUGUAUCAGAUGUACAAGUUAAACGUGAAGUAUCACCAACACUGAAUGAACCACCACAGAGUCUCAAUCUACAGAGGCUAAACACACGUGUGCGCAAUCAGAUUGAGGAGAAAAAACGUAUGGUGAAGGCUCUGCAGGCCGGAGUAUCGCCUGAGGGUCAAAAAUUAUUUAUUGCCAUUGCUAAAACCCUACAGGACAUAACGUGGUCGGGGCAGAAUAUCGUUGUUUGGGAUGAUGUUACCAUUGUACCACCUUACAAAGUUGAUAAUGUCCAUGGAAAUGCUGAGUCCAAAUCAUAUUUACAUGUCAGGAAAGUUGUUGAAAAACACAUGAAGGAUCAAGCAGCGGCUGAGAUACAGCAGCGAGAAGCGACGAAGGGCAGCAGCACGCAAUAGACAUCACAAGAGUCCUAAGAGAAAAUAUUCAUUCGAACAAAAAACUAAAGAAAAAAUUCAACAAAAAAGCGACAAAAAAUAGAGAUAGAUAAAGUAAUGAAGGGGGUCAUUCUGUGGCGUAAUUUUCUUUUUCAAAUUUCGCGACGAAUUCACUGACUCGAUUGAUGAAUUAGGUAAAUGGGGGGAGCGGAUUCCACUCAAUGAAAGUGAAAAAAAAUGAAAAUGUGAGGAUAAAAGACAUCGAUGGGAUUUGUGAGGCCCUUGAGGAAGGACUGAGUAAUUAAUUCGGGGGAUUUGAUGAUGAAAUUAAUUUUUUCACGUUGAAGUACGAGUUUUCGUUGAUUUUACAGGAGAAUGGGGAUGGAAAGGUGCGAUUGUCUCGGUAAGGGCUGGGUUUAGGAGAAAAUGUGUCUAAAUCGUUUUCGUAGAGAAUUCAAUUUCCUACAAAAAUGAUAUUCAACAUUUUUUCCAUAAAACCCCUCAGUGCAGAGAUAAUUGAAGGUUUAUGAAGAAGUGGAAAAUUAAUUUUUCCAUAGUUUUGAUAAAACACGUCUGCUAAUUUUGCGAUUAUCUCAGUAAGGGGUGGAUUUAGAUAAAAAUGUAUCCGAAACUUUUUUGUAGGGAAUGAAAUUUCCUACAAGAACGCUAUUUGGCAUUUUCGUCUAAAACUAAUCAGUACAGAGAUAAUUAGAGAAUUAACAAGAAGUGAAAAACCGAAUUUACCUUUUCUUCGGCUUUCCACCUCUUCAAAGCCCAAUCGAUCAUUAUUUUGCGAUUAUUAUCUCGAAAAAAAUAUAAAAAGUUCAGUUCUGCACUCGUAUUGUGCCCAUUGAAAUGGAAGAAUCGAGAGAGGAAAACCAGAAAAUACAGAGAAGACACAAAUAAAUGUAAUAUAAAUUCCAUAAAUUCCAAAAGCACAUUUU